CGCAGCAUGGAUAACAGCAGUGGUCCUGUUCUUCUCCUUACCUUGCUCCUGCUGCAGAACACGAGCAGCCCCAAAGCCUCCUCCCCUCCUGCUGGCUACGAGAUGGCAGAACCUCCAGCCCCAUGCACCGGCCCCAGCAGGAACCACUCUCUGGUAGAGUACGGGCUGAGGCCGGGGGAAAUCACAGCUGCCAGCGUGGUUUGGGGAGUGCUGUGGCUGAUCUCUGUCUUGGGAAACUUCCUUGUUUGCUUAGUGAUCCACAGGAGCAGGAGGACACAGUCCACCACCAACUACUUUGUGGUGUCCAUGGCCUGUGCCGACCUGGUGAGCAGCGUGGGGAGCGCGCCCUUCCUGCUGCUGCAGCUGAGCUCCGGGCGGUGGAUGCUGGGCAGCGGCGUGUGCCGGCUGGUCAGGUACAUCCAGUACCUCACGCCCGGGGUCCAGAUCUACGUGCUCCUCGCCAUCAGCGUGGAUCGAUGCUACACUCUCAUCCAUCCCAUGAAUUUCAGAGUUUCCAGGGAGAAAGCCAAGAGAAUGACUCUGGUCUCUUGGCUCUGUGGUGCUCUGUUUGCAUCACCGGCCUGUUUUCUCUAUGGCUCCAGCAGUGACCACCACUGCAACUUUUUCCUCCCUAGUUCUUGGCUAGGAGCUGUCUCUGGUGUCAUCCAACUCUCAGUGCUGUUGCUUUUGAUUCCAUCACUCCUCAUUAUCCUCUGCUACCAGAAACUCUUCACCUACAUUUGGAGAAGUGGCACUGAGUACACAGCUGGAAGGAGGACAGUGAAUCUUGUCUUAAGAAGAAAAGUGAAAACUGUCAAGAUGUUCUUCAUCUUUGUCUUGAAUUUUCUUCUGUCCUGGCUGCCUUUCUUCAUGGUACAGUUGUGGCACCCACAGGAAACAGACUACAGAAAGAGCUCCUUGCUUUUCCUGGCCAUCACCUGGAUCUCUUUCAGUUCCUCAGCCUCUAAGCCAACCCUCUUCUACAUCUAUAAUGCAAACUUCAGAAGAGGAAUGCAAGAAAUUUGUUGCAUGUGGAAAUACCCCAGAAGCAACAUCUACACCAUUACUACUAAUUCCAGGACAGCUGAAAAUAAUCACGUUAUCCCAGCCCAACCUCAUCAAAGACUCCACUGUGAUGCUUUUAGCAGAGAAGUCAAGGAGCAUGAGCUUUCCAGGCCUGGUGAGUCCAAUCCCACAAAUAUAUUUGCCAAGAGGGUUUCAUUACUUUGA